UUGCUGAACCCAAAUGGAAAGCUACAACUACCAACAAAACCCCUCACCUUUGCUUUUAACUGAAGAACAAAACUCAUCCUCAUCAACAUCAAGAAGGAAAACCCUAACUCAUGAUCACCCCCACGAAAGGAAACCAAGAAACGCAAAGACUAGAUCAACCGCCAAGCUCUCCACCGACCCUCAGAGCGUUGCAGCGAGGCAAAGGCGCAAUCGAAUAAGUGACCGGUUCCGAAUCUUGAAGAGCUUGGUCCCUGGAGGGAGCAAGAUGGACACUGUCUCAAUGCUGGAGGAAGCCAUUAACUACGUUAAGUCCCUCAAGGCUCAGAUUUGGCUUCAUCAGGCUGAAAUCAGUAUGAACCUUAAUGAAGGGUCUAACCUUAAUUUUCCUACUACUUAUUAUUAUAGCAAUGAUGAUGGUGUUAAUUUCCAGAGUGAGGAGAUGGUGGGUGGUUCAGUGUCACCUUCAUCACCAACUCUCGCUCCUUUGCCGUAUUGUUCAUUUGGAGGAGGAGGACAGGAGGUGAACCCUAGUUUUAGUAUGACCUAUUAUUAA